AAGUUUUUUUAACAUGUGCUAAGGUAUCGCCUUCCCUAAAGUCUCACAAGCUCAGAAAAUAAUAAAUAAAUAAAUAAUAAUCACCGAUUUCCAAAAAUUCUCCUCUGGAGAAACAUCACACCUGAAACUCCAUGCGAAUUUUCCUCUCCUGAGUGAUCUCUGAUAGUUUUUAUUGGUUGCUGUGAAUAUCUACUGGGGGCGCUCCAGACCGGCGUAUUAACCACCUUUGACUUUGUAUUUUGUUGAUAUGUGCAGUACAACAGCGUUAACGUCACAAGGCGGGAAGGAAAUUGAAAAGGGGCUUACAGAAAAAGAAGGGCUCGUUUUUACAUCAUUCGCAGUCAUUAAAAAUAGAUAAAGGACACAACAAACAAAUUAACACAAGCGGGAAAAAUCUUCUCUUGCUCGCUGCAGACACCUACUGACCACGAGGUUAAUUAGAAGCUGCAGCGAGCAUGCGGUGUCUCCUAGUACAGCUUUAUGUUCUACUGUUGUUGUCAGGAUUAAGUACCGAGAAGAACAGUGUCACUCAAAGACAAGGAGAGCUGACCGGGGUACAAAAUGAAUCUGUCACACUGGACUGUACUUUCUCGACUGAAGAUGCAGGUUAUGACAUAUAUUGGUACAUACAGGAGAGCAGCGGCCAGACGAAAUACCUCUUCCGAAGGUCUGCCAGAAGCGAGCACAACGGGGCUGGGAGCCGGUUCUCACUGGACUUCAGGCCAGCCGAAAAAUACGUGGGUGCCCCAUUGAAUUCAAUGGGCCAGACCCCAGGUUUCAGCCAGGGACAAGGCAGUGUCACGCAAACACAAGGGCAGAUGGAAAAGCUGGGGGGUCAGACUAUCACCCUGGAGUGUACUUUCUCCACUGCAUACCAGAAUUAUUACUUAUUUUGGUACAGACAGCAACGAUCAGGGAGAAUGGAUUUCCUCUUCCGAAUAGAUUAUAAUAAUGCUGAAAAGAAUGGAGCCGGGAGACGGUUUUCUGCACAAUUCAGGAAAUCCUCCAAAUUCUUCAGUUUAACCAUUAUAGAACUAAAGCCGACGGACUCAGCGAUGUAUUUCUGUGCUCUGUGGGAAGACACCGUGAGCCGUUUAAUAGGGAGCCCUGUACAAAAACCCAUCCCCUUGGCUUUCUCAGCAUGAGGAACACAACUGUAGAGUAGAAUCCCCAGGCCCAGACAGAUGGUUAAACCAGAUGGAGGGGCUGGUAUGAAUCACAGGGCCUGACAGCUAUGAAGCCUUCUGGGUCUCGUUGACCAUUGAUCAGAGGGGUAGCCGUGUUAGUCUAGAUUUGUGUGCACCUGAUGAAGCGGGUAUUCACCCACGAAAGCUUAUGGUCCAAUAUGUCUGUUAGUCUAUAAGUUGCCACAGGACUCUUUGCCGCAUUUACCAUUGUAUUACCCCAGAUUAACCUCACUUUACCCACAGUGGGUCUGCUCCUCAGCUGAGGUGAAUCACUGUGGGCUAGAUGGAGUCAACUGGGCCAGGUCCACCACAGGUAACAAUCAGCUGUAAUUCCACUGGGGCUGGAUUCCCCUAGAUGGAGUAAACCAGCGUGGGGCCAGUGGGAUAGAUACACAAAGGCACAACACACGGAAGCACGCAGACACACACGCACGUGCAAACACAAACAUAGAGACAGAAAGACACCCACAAAACCAGGACACGAAACCCAGAGCUUUUAAGUCUUCCACAAUGUCUUUAAUUCAGUUCUCACCAAGUAGCAACAAUAAGGACAAUGAAAAGGAAAAUGAACAAGAAAAAAAAAAAAGACAGAA